AUGUCACAACUAACAAAUCAAGAAGUGGAAACAGGUGAAACCGAAGUUAUUGAAUAUUUAGAUUUUACAGGUCAACCACAUAGUUUCAUUGGUGAUGGUUAUACUUUAUACGAAUCAAUAACUGACUUAGAUUUAACAAAUUGUAAAAUACCAAAAAUAGAUAAUAUAAGCCAUUUAAAAAAAUUAAAGAAAUUAUGUUUAAGACAAAAUUUAAUAGAAAAGAUUGAAAAUAUCGAUCAAUUAGAAUCAGUCCAAGAAAUUGAUUUAUAUGAUAAUAAAAUUGAAGUUAUUGAAAAUGUAAAAGAUUUAAAAAGUUUAACAUACUUUGAUUUAUCAUUUAAUGGUAUUAGGGUCAUUGAAAAUUUACAUUCAAAAGAUUUACCAAUAAUCAAGGAAUUAUUUUUAGCCAACAAUAAAAUUGUUAAAAUUGAAGGUUUGGAUGAAUUAACAACUUUAAAAAACCUUGAAUUAGGUUCAAAUAGACUCCGUGAUAUUGAAAAUUUAAAUGCAUUGAUUAAUAUUGAAACAUUAUGGUUGGGUAGAAAUAAAAUUGUAGAAAUUAAAGGUAUUAAUCAUUUAAGUAAACUUAAAAUUUUAUCAAUUCAAAGUAAUAGAUUAACAGAGAUAGGUAAUGGAUUAGUAGGAUUAAAUAGUUUAACAGAGUUAUAUUUAUCACACAAUGGUAUUACAAAUAUAGAUGGGUUACAAACAUUAAAACAACUAAGAACAUUAGAUAUCUCAGGAAAUAAAAUUCAAAAAUUGGUAGGUUUGGAUCAAUUACCAGAUUUAGAGGAGUUAUGGUGCAACGAUAAUUUAGUAGAUUCAGUGGACAACAUUGAACAACAAGUAACCAAAACUAUUAAAUGUGUUUAUUUUGAAAGAAAUCCUGUUGCCCAACACCCUCAAUAUAGAAGAAUAUUCAUUAAUAUGUUCCCAGUAUUAAAACAACUAGAUGCUUCAUUUGUAAAAAGAAAUUAA